GCGGAGCCUGUUCGUUCGGUAACGGGGAGAAAGAAGAAAAAGAGGAGCGGACACGGACGGACGCCGCCAGUCGUGUUCGGUUGGUGUUCAGCGGUUGUUUCCAAAUGGCAACGACGGCGGAAGAGCAGCGGGAACCGGCUGAUGUCGCGCCGCUGUCGACGCUCCACAGCUGCCACCAUCAAAACAACAACAAUAAUAACAACAACAACAACAACAAAGACAGCGAGGCGGCAGAGAGCACGGCUUCCACCGGCGGCCCGAGCGAACCUGGAGGGACGGCGGCGCAGAGUGUCGGGAACGGUUCCGUCAUCAGUGCCGCCGGCGGGAACAGCAGCAAGUGGGUCCGGCUGAACGUCGGCGGUACGGUGUUCCUGACCACCCGGCAGACCCUCCUCAAAGAGCAAACUUCGUUCCUGUACCGGCUGUGCCAGCAGCAGGACCUGCACUCGGACACGGAUGAGACAGGAGCAUAUGUGAUUGACAGAGACCCCACAUACUUUGGGCCCAUCCUCAACUACCUACGCCAUGGCAAACUGGUUUACAACAAGGAGCUCGCUGAAGAAGGUGUCCUGGAAGAGGCAGAGUUCUAUAAUAUCACCCCAUUGAUCAAACUGAUCAAGGAGAGGAUCCUGGAGAGAGACUCCAAGGCCACACAGCAGGUGCCCCCAAAACACGUCUAUCGAGUGUUGCAGUGCCAGGAGGAGGAGCUAACGCAAAUGGUCUCCACCAUGUCAGACGGCUGGAAGUUUGAGCAGGUCAGCGUGCGCGCCUGCAGAAAGCCCCGCACUGGACUGCUCUGGACUAUGGUGAACAUAGGCUCAUCCUACAGCUACGGCACUGAGGAUCAGGCCGAGUUCCUGUGUGUCGUAUCAAAGGAGCUUCACACCGCUGGAUCUGGACUGAGCACAGAGCAGAGCCACAAAACAAAGGUGGCGGAGUUGCAGGAGGAGGAAGCAGGAGUGAAGGCUAAGGAGGAGGAGGAGGAGGUGGUGGUGGAGGAGGGAGGGAGCGAUACCACCCCAAAUGAGUGGAUUAGAGAAUGAGGGGGUCAUGUUUGUUCCAAAGAGAGGCCAGAAUUGCUUUUCCAGAUGCAUGGAUCCCGGAUGUAGAACUUCCAAUGACCUAAGUUAAAAAAAAAAAAAAAAGUUUAUUUUGACAUUAUUCACACAGUGUAUUUGUGUGUUGGGUCAACAGUUAUCCAAAAACAUCUGUGGUGUUAAUCUGCUUAAUGACAAAAUACCUAAUGGAAACAAAUAUCAAAAUUCUAUCGCCACCAAUUUUUUCUAAUUUUCAGUUGAAAUAAUGUGUUGACAGAAGCGUUUUAUCACCAAGAGCGGUAGUAAAGCUUAGUAAAUUCCAACCAAAGAUCGGAAGGAGAGCUGACUGAACCACGGUGCUCAAACUGGCAGGAGAAAUAAAAUAAGGCUUUCUGUUUUUGUUACACUGUGAGCUGUUGCUGCUGAAACACUGCAGGCGUCAGCAAAUCAGCAGAGCUGAUCUGUGCAGCGUCAUCAUUUAAAAAUAAAACAACACUAAAGCGAACAUCACUCUUUAUUAUUCCCAGCAGUGACGAUGCAAUGUUGACCCAAACUGUAAAGAAACAGUUCUGUAUUCUUUCAAAUAUGUUGUCCAGAAUUCUCUCGUUCAUGUUUAUAUUUUGAGGAAGAAUUCAGAUCAGAAAGCAGAAUUGCUGCAGUAGGGAAACUUUUACAGUCGCACUCCUCUUCCACUAUCUGAGGAGUCCACUUGUAAGAGCUGUCUGUAAUCAAAUCACUACAGCAGAAGGCGUCUCACAGAGAGUGGUGCUCUUUCAAGCAAAAAAACCUCCAUCAAGGUCCAAAAACAAUCUGCUGGAUCUAGAUCAAGAUCCAAAGCCGGUGACUAUCAGAGGAAGUCAGGGAUCAUACACUUGAGUGCUGUUUGCAUUUAAGCUUCCCACCCAAUAUGCAAAAGUUAAGACAAACAUGCAAAAAGUCUUGUGAUCAAUUUAGCUGUAUUGUCAAAGACACGUAAUUUCAAGUCUGUAACUGUGUUCCAGUUGUAGCAGUAUCUCGGCAUGGGAUCGGAUUUUCAGCGAACAACUUGUUCCGGUGAUUGUUUGCCUGGUCUUGUCUUCUUUCACUCAGCUGUGCUUCACCAAAUCAGAUAAUGCGCAGAAGUAUAAAACGCAAGCUCAGGUUGUCUGGGUGAUCAGUGUCAACAAUCCAGCAGUGGUUCUGUCAUCUAAUCCACCCUGGAGCGAUCAAACUUCACAAAUCAGAUAUAAGGUCUCGCAGGAAGUGACAGAGUGAAAUCGGGGCCAAGGACAUCUGCUAGCCAUCCCACACUCACAUCGCCUCCGGUGCUUAACGAGCGCGCCGCGGCUCACUUCUCUGAAUCUGCGCUCGGUGGUGUGGUGAUGCACAGACCAUGUCACCUCGAGUCAGUGACUUCAUGCUGUCAGAUAGAGGUUAUAAAAGGGGAGUCGCAUGCUAUACAAUAUGUUUCAUUUGGAUGAAUUCAAGGUCAUCUCCUUUAAACUGGUUUGAAACCAGAUAAGGCUGGUUGUAGUUUGGUUUUAAAUGGCAAUAAGUGAUUAAAUAGUAAAAUUUUACAAACUUUUUUUUUUUUUGCUAAAUAUCAAAUAUCUUUGGGUUCUGCACUACUGGAUGGACAAAAUGUGAGGAGGUCUCGGGAUUGUGAUAUUUUAUUUACAGGGUAAAUUACAGAGAAAAUUGAGUGAUACAACACUAACGACAGCAGUUUUAGUUGCAGCUCUACUGAGUUUUCUGCAGGCAAUAAUCAAAAUUAGUGGGAGACAAUCAAGAAUUAAGCUCAUU